UGCCUCGGCAGCGAUGGUUGCCAGGCGACGGGAGCUUCUCUGAGCCGCUGGUGCUCGCGAAUGGAGGUGUAGAACCCGUUAUGUAUUGUGCCGCGGGUCGUCUUCUCUGAGUUCCCACGAUGUUCUUCUACCUGAGCAAGAAAAUUGCUGUUCCUAAUAAUGUGAAGCUGAAGUGUAUAUCCUGGAACAAGGACCAAGGGUUCAUAGCAUGUGGUGGUGAGGAUGGAUUACUUAAAGUUUUGAGAUUAGAAACACAGACAGAGGACUCAAAAUUGAGAGGCUUGGCAGCCCCUAGUAACCUUUCCAUGAACCAGAAUCUGGAAGGGCAUAGUGGUGCUGUUCAGGUUGUAACAUGGAAUGAACAGUAUCAGAAGCUGACUACCAGUGAUCAAAAUGGGCUUAUCAUUGUCUGGAUGCUAUAUAAAGGCUCCUGGUAUGAGGAGAUGAUCAACAACCGCAACAAGUCCGUGGUCCGCAGCAUGAGCUGGAAUGCCGACGGGCAGAAGAUCUGCAUAGUGUACGAGGACGGGGCUGUGAUAGUCGGCUCCGUGGAUGGGAAUCGGAUCUGGGGGAAAGAUCUGAAGGGAAUACAGCUGUGCCAUGUAACCUGGUCUGCAGAUAGUAAAAUCUUGCUUUUUGGAAUGGCAAAUGGAGAAAUACACAUUUAUGAUAAUCAAGGAAAUUUUAUAAUGAAAAUGAAACUGAACUGCCUGGUGAACGUCACUGGGGCAAUCAGCAUUGCUGGCAUUCACUGGUACCAUGGUACUGAAGGCUACGUGGAGCCCGAUUGCCCAUGCCUGGCGAUUUGUUUUGACAAUGGACGAUGCCAAAUAAUGAGACACGAGAAUGACCAAAAUCCAGUUUUGAUCGAUACUGGCAUGUAUGUGGUUGGUGUCCAGUGGAACCACAUUGGCAGUGUGUUAGCUGUGGCAGGUUCCCAGAAAGUGGUGACUCAGGACAAGGACGUCAACAUUGUGCAGUUCUACACACCGUUUGGUGAGCAUCUAGGUACUUUGAAAGUUCCAGGAAAGCAGAUGUGUUCACUGUCUUGGGAAGGAGGUGGACUGAAGAUUGCUCUAGCUGUUGACUCCUUUAUAUAUUUUGCAAACAUUCGACCUGAUUAUAAGUGGGGCUAUUGUUCCAACACUGUGGUUUAUGCGUACACCAGACCUGACCGUCCUGAGUACUGUGUUGUCUUCUGGGACACAAAAAACAAUGAGAAAUACAUCAAAUAUGUCAACCUCAUCUCUAUCACCACGUGUGGUGAUUUCUGCAUUUUGGCUACAAAGGCUGAUGAAAAUCACCCUCAGUUUGUGCUAGUUCUUUGCAAUUCUAUCGGCACACCCUUGGACCCUAAAUACAUUGAUCUUG